CCCGAUCACCGAUGUUCCGGAUCUCAUGCAGGAAAUAACGGAAUUAACGGGAGUCGAGAUAGCCAAAAGCAUCGAUGACCCUGAAACAGACGCUGAAAUUAAAGAAACCGAAAUGAUCACUCCAGCAGAAUCACAGAUGAUCGCUAUCGUCUUUUCGGUCCGAACUAGCAGUUCAAUGUUUUCCAGCGUCCACAACAGGCGACCGCGAAGAUUGGAAUGGAUUGACACGCCUCUGAGCUCGGAAAAUAAUACGAUAAUCGCCAUUCCCAAUCAUGUCCCCAAGGAUGUCCGAGAAUCCCUAAUUAAUGUAUUGCAUGGCUAUGCUGACGUGUUGAGUAUGGAUGACAUCGAUAUUGGGCUAUCUACUGUAAUUGAGCACGCGAUCCUUACGGGGAAUCAUCCACUUAUUAGUUGUGCUCUGUAUCGAUACCCACCGGCGCAGAGAGCCGCUGCGUUAAAAAAAAACAAGGAAUUCGAGGCUAAUGGUUGGAUUGAGCCCGCUAUCCGACCAUGGUCAUUUCCAGUAGUGAUUGUGCCAAAGAAAGCAGGAGGAAUUCGCUUCUGCAUUGAUUACCGAAAACGGAACGAUAUCACGAUUAAAGAUGUGUAUCCUCUUCCUCGGAUUGAUGAAUUGUUGGAUGCUAUUGGUGACGCUCGAUUCUUUAGCAAAUUUGAUAUUCGACACGGAUUCCACCAUCUUCUGGUUCGAAAAGAAGACCGCCCGGAAACGGCGUUCAUUCUUUUCGAAGGAACUUGGCAAUGGGUCAGAUGUCCGAUGGGGAUUUGCAAUGCCCCAGGCACGUUCCAGCGCGCGAUGAACAUGGCCUUCCAGAAUUUCAUGCGAAAAACGCGGCUGGCGCAAAGCAUAAUCAAUUAUUGUGUGAUUGUGUAUAUGGAUGAGAUCCUUGUGUUCUCCACUUCCUAUGAGGGACACGUGCAGCACAUUGAAUGGGCACUACACGCGCUCAAGGACGCAGGGUUCAAGGUGGCGGUUGAAAAAUGCCAGUUUUUUCUCACAGAGAUCUCCUUCCUCGGCCAUGUCGUCACGAGCCAGGGGUUGCAGCCAGAUCCCCAGAAGGUGACAACGGUGAAAGACGCGCUUGUACCGAUUUCUAUAACGCAGGUCCGCGCUUCUUUGGGUUUGGCGUCGUACUAUCGAAGGUUCGUCAAGGGAUUUGCAGCGAUCGUGGGACCACUCACGAAUCUCCUGAAAAAGGAUCAACCGUUGAUGUGGACCCCGCAGUGCGAUCGGGCUUUCGAAGAACUCAAGGCGGCCCUGAUUUCGGCCCCAGUUCUUAUAAGGCCGAACCUAGGGAAGCCCUUUGUUCUCAUAACCGAUUGGCAGCCGGAGGCGAUUUCCGCAAUCUUGGCUCAGGUGGGACUCGACGGUCUCGAACAUGUGGUGGAAUACGCAUCUAAGACGGUGCCGACCUACAAGCGCAACUACGCGGCCCCGACGGGAGAGUGUUACGCAGCCUUAUGGGGGAUCAGCCACUUCCGAGCAUAUCUGUAUGGUCGAAAGUUUACAUUGGUAACCGAUCACGAGCCGCUGUUGGCGCUGAAGAAAUCCAAGGAUUACUCGGGCAUGAUCGGACGAUGGGCCACCAUCCUGCAGAGCAUGGAUUUUGACAUCCAUCAUCGGAAGCACGAAAGGCACGGGAAUGCUGACGGAUUGACACGACUGCACCGACCCGAGAAGGUCCUUAAGAGCGAAGAAGUGAUUCCGUGGAACGAGCCGGAGGAGGAAAGCCAGAGCGACGACAGUCCCGCUCCGCACAUCGUCACGCGAACAUUGGCGUCGUAUCUCCAGUGGACCGCUUGCUUGGAGGAACCUGGGAGUGAUAGCACUCUGCCAUCACGACAGGAAUACUUGAAGCCGUACGGGAUCAUCGAUCACGCCUUCUAUCCGAAGGAGCCUGAGGCGCUUGAAGGAGAAGAGGAAGUCGUUGAAGAAGAGGGCGACGCCGGCGAAGAAACAUCGGAGGAGGGGAGUUAUAGUGAGUACAGCGAAGGGGAGCAGAGUGAGGAGGAGGAGGAGCUAGAAGAAGAAGACGAAGAGGAGGAAGCCGGAUCAGAGUGGGAGGACUUGCCGGAAGAAGCGGCAUGCACAGGCACGGAAGCGGAAGAUCCCGCGGCGGCACGUAGAAGGGAAGAGAUCGCCGCCGAGAAAAACCAGCUGGAGAUCGCCAGCGGGGCAAGCUUGUGCAUCAACGACGAUCUGACCAGGGAUCCAGAGCCCCCCGAGCCCAAGGAUGGCGGAUCAGCAACCGCGGCUCCGAGUGCAUCGCGGUGGAGACGGAGUCGAUCCCCCUCCCCCUCCCCCCCAACCCGUCCCCCAGUUCGUCUACGUACCGAUGCGGGGAAUCCGCCUUCGUCCCCGGUCAUUAUCCCGCCGUCCCCUUGAUUACCUUACCCUCUCCCAGAUCUCUACCCCCGUCACCUUUCCUUGCAACCCCUUUCCUCCCAAUACUUUCGAGCACUUCUACUCCACCCGUCUCGCCGUCACCAUCCAUCCGAGCCCCUCCCUUCAAGCCGCGAACCCCAAGUUCUGUCUACACGUCCUCUUGUUCAGUGUCGCGAGGCGGCAGAAUAACGCAGUAGAAGUCUACUGCCUAAUCACGGGGACCAUCCCUGCAUGUCCCCAUCAUGAGCUGUUUUGCGCGGCACUCUUUCGCACCUUCUCCACCUUUUAUCCUGACUACCUCGCCUCCCUACCCCACAGCGGCGAUCGGUUUCCUCGUUUCCACAGGAUCAUCCGCUACGAGGAGCUCCCUAUCACAGAGGAAGGGAUCAAUCGAUACCUGCCCCCACCCCCUCCCCUCCCUCCCCGUGAACACCCCCCCAUUUAUCGUAUCUACUUUCCCAUUCCCACACAGCGUUGAAGGCCACGUGUCCCCCGAGUGGAAUGAAUCAGCAGUUUUCGC